GUGGUUAGUGGAAGCGCUAUUGGACUCCAACAGCUAGCUGGCUAGGGCGUUGCUAGCGGCAGAAAGUGGGAUUUUUGGUACCUUUCCACAAGUUAUAAUCUCGCACAAAUAACGUGCCGCGUUGGAAAAAACAGCGUUUGACGUCCGGCAAAAGUUUCGAGCCCGUCGGCGGCGUUUUUGUCGUUGUUUACAGAGGAGUGGUUGAUACUUUCUGUCCCGUUAGCUGGCCACAUAGCUAGCCUGCUUUCCAUCCACGGGAAUUCUGCUGAGAAACGACUCAAUUCUGGAAACAUGGAGUCAAGGAACGUCGCGCUGUACUAACCGACUCCACUGGAUUUUUUUUCUGGUCUCUCAAGGAGACUUUUUGAAGGACACAGCACGGAGACAUAUCGCAAGCCAGCCCAACAUUUAUGAGGUGUUGUGUGUGUGUAUAUAUAUUUUUUUCGGUCGUUGGCCGGCUCAUUGUUGUGAACGGGAGUUCGCUUAGUUUGCACACGAAGCAAAGUUUUUUGCUGAAAGAGCUCAUCUGUUUUGUUAGCUGGUAGCUGGCGAGAUUCAACGGCUGCCAGCUUGCCGUUUAAAACAGAUUGCCCUAAAAAAACAAAUGUGCUUUCUUUUGUUACCGCUCAUCUAAGCCCGUUUUGUUUUUUUGAAUCCACCGUCUUACACCGGUAUAACAUUAGCUGCAGUUGUGUUGCUAAUUCGUAACACGGGUCGUUUAAACUCGGUAUUGAGCGAUUCUCAUGGUCACGGGAGACUCGUCCCCGCAGCCACAGACAGGCAUUUCUGGGAGCAGGGAAUACCAAAUGGGACUGCAGGAAUUUCCAGCAUCUUCAAAAAUCAUUUAGGCCAGUCGGCCGAGCAGGGGUGGUGGCAGACGGACUACAUCGCAGGGCCAAGGUGUCUGUUACAUUGGAAUACGGAUUGUUUACACAUUUCAUAUCGGCGCAAACCUGGGAUGUGAAUGCAAAAAAAGGAGUCGCACAAGGAGUUCAUACAUGCACGACAACUUGUGCCAGCUGGAGCAGUAUAUUUAUUGUUGUUGCCAAAUUAUUGUUUAUUGCCGGGGUAGGAUAUCAUCUGACUGUGCAGCUAAUACAACCGAGGCCCUGAUUAAUUUUUUAAGGUCUGCACUGUAGAUUCCUCGCUGCUAUUUCAUUUUUUCCUCCCCACAAGGAGUAUUGGUUGACAGAGAGCAUAGGCAGUAUUUUUUUGGUUCACCCAGUGUUUGGAAGUGCCUUGCAACAACCCCAGCAGUGUCCUACAGUUAAGUGAUUCUCAGCACCGUUCUCAAAAUCCCUGCCUACUUCAGACGAAUGCCAGAGAAGGACGCUCCAGGAAAUCGCUUCACCACACUCUGGAAAAUGUUAAUAGGAUAUAAUUUGCUGCAAAUCUAGAAUCGGAAGCCCAAUGAGUGACACACAGUCCAGCUUCACUGACAGGUUUCCCAAGAAAGCAAACAGAACCAGCAGCAUUCUCAGUAAAGACCACCCCCCGGACAAGAAACCCAAAAGUGACAAAACCUCACUUCCCUCCAAUGAGUUUGACCCUACAGAAGCUCUGGUGGUGCAGAAGAGUGGCAGCAGCAGUGUGCUAGCAGAAGGGAAGCCUGAGUCCUGUGGUCUGGUCCAACGAUGUGUAAUCAUCCAGAAAGAUGAAAAUGGCUUUGGGCUCACUGUCAGCGGUGACAACCCAGUGUUUGUGCAGCUUGUCAAAGAAGAUGGGGCUGCUAUGCGGGCAGGUGUUCAGACAGGAGACAGGAUCAUCAAGGUUAACGGGACCCUUGUUACACAUUCUAAUCACAUUGAAGUGGUGAAACUUAUCAAAUCGGGCUCCUAUGUGGCCCUUACAGUGUUGGGGCGCCCCCCAGGGCUUGCCCAGAUCCCUUUGCCUGAAGCAGAGCCUGAAAUGUUGGGCGUUAGCAUAUCCUCUCCAAACUCCCCAGCAGCAGAGCGUCCCUACAGUCCUCAGGACCGCCUCUCCUCUGCACAUUCACCAUGGGAUGAGAACAGUGUCUGCAACCAGAAGGCUGACAUCUUGCAGAAGAUGCUCUCUAAAGAGCAGCAGGAGCUACAGGCCAUGAAGGAGGAAUACAGCAGGAACCCCUCCCCCAAACUACUGAAAGACAUCCAGGAAGCUAAAAAACACAUUCCUCAGCUGCAGGGUCAGCUUUUCAGGGUCACUGGGACAACACAGGAGGCUGUUCCAGGUGGUGAUGCAGAUGAUGGUAGCAUGUUGGAGACAGAGCGUACUUUUGCCAUGAAAGGAGACAACAGUACAGACCUGUCCUGGACCAGCAGUCCUAUAUCUCGCAUAUUUGGGCCUGGAUCUCCAGAUAGCCAGUGUCCCAGAGAUUCCUCCUGCCCCAGCCCAAAGAGCACACCCAGGAACAGCUUCAACUCCUGCCACUCCCCAGAGACUGAGGACACCACCGAUCUGGACUCUCUAUCUCCCACUACAGUCAGCAGUCCCUCCUCUUCUCGCCUUGUCUCCCAAAUCAUUGGAGCUGAAGAUGACUAUUUUGAUUCAGACCAGGAGCAGACAAAUGGCCAGUGUAACAGCUUUAACACUAUUGAGCAGCUCAAGUCUCGCCCUGCCCACCUCGCAGCCUUCCUGCAUCACGUCAUCUCUCAGUUCGAUCCCGCUCCUGUGCUGUGCUACCUCUAUGCUGACCUCUACAAACAGACCAACUCCAAAGAGACCAGACGGGUGUUCAUGGACCUCCACACCUUCUUCAUUGACCGGGGAGCAAAUUUAAAAGUUGCAGUUCCUGAAUCUGUCUCUUCUGAUCUCGAUCGGAGGCGGACAGAGCUGAUCCCAGAGGAAAUAAACAGGCAACAUGUUCAAACACUGCAGGACUCUCUGCUCCCUGACAUUCAGAGAAACCUUGAGGAUUUUAGGCAGAAGCGCAGUAUGGGCCUAACAGUGGCUGAAGUAGAGCUGGCCAGACUGGACCAAGAGAGAGUCAGAGACCGGGUCACUCUCGAGCGGGAACGCUCAUAUGCUGAAAACAUCAUCACCAAGAUAGAAGAUAUCCUGUUAACUACUCAAACCGCAGAGGAAGAGAAAUGCACUACAAUGCAGUAUGUUAUCUAUACAUACAUGAAGCACCUUGGUGUGAGGGUCAAGGAACCUCGCAGUCUGGAGUCCAAACGGGUUCGAAUUAGCUUUCUUCCCAAGAUUAAGAAAAGCAUCAAGACAGAAAAGGAGGGAGAAGAGAAAGUGAAAAAGCCCAGGUUUCCUAGUAUCCUUGGCCCUCAGCGUCGGCCCAGCCGCAAUGAGGCAGCCUCAGUGAGUAAAGCCCUGGACGGCCGUCCCCGGCCUCAGAAACAGUUGUCUCAGCCUACACUGGGGGCAAGUGAGCACAUGGAAACUGGGCAUCUAAGAGGCAGCCAGUCUAGCGAGGGCUCUGAGCUCACACACUCCAUGUCUGUCAAUGCCUCAUCUCCAAACAGCGCCUUCUACAGCACUGAGUCUAGUCGAGAUGCUGAUAUUGGUGGGACUCCCACCUCUGGCCCUUCCAGGCUGAGUGACGGCCUUCAGUCUGACCCCUUGGAUGGGUUUUCUUCGCACUUUGACCUGUACAGCCUGGACCAACUGCAAGAGGAUGACAGAGAAAGUGACAGAGCUCAUGAGGGAACACCAAAGGCCAUAAGAAGGCUCGAGGGACUGGGUGCAGCUGAUGUCCAGAGUGAGGACGACCAGGGGACAGAUUCAGAGCAUGAUCCUCCAAACUGGCAGCAGCUGGUGGGGCGAGAGGUCCUAGCGGGUCUCAGGCCUCAUGAAAUCAAGAGACAGGAAGUUAUCAAUGAGCUGUUUUACACGGAGCGUGCACAUGUGCGGAUGCUGAAGGUUUUGGACCACGUUUUCUACCAGAAGCUCUCCAAAGAGGCCAUCCUGCCUCCUGCUGACAUUAAGAACAUCUUUACCAACCUGGAGGAGAUUUUACAGCUGCAUGUUUCAAUACUUGAGCAAAUGGCUGCCGUUCGGAAGAGAAAUGAAUCUUCAGUAAUUGAUCAGAUAGGAGACGACUUGCUCUCUUGGUUUGGCAGCGGAGAGGAAGAGAAGAUCAAGCAGGCAGUGGGGACCUUCUGUAGUAACCAGCCUUUUGCUCUGGAAAUCAUAAAGACCAAGAAGAAAGACUCACGAUUCACCUCGUUCAUUCAGGAGGCAGAGAGUAACAGACUGUGUCGCAGACUGCAGCUUAAGGACCUCAUUCCUAUAGAGAUGCAGCGUCUCACCAAGUAUCCCCUGCUACUAGACAACAUCGUCAAGUACACAGACAAUGCAGUGGAGAAAGAUAAAGUUAAGCAGGCAGCAGACUGCUGUAGAAAGAUCCUCAGUCACGUCAACCAGGCUGUGAAGGAAUCUGAGGACAAGCAGAGGUUGGAAGACUAUCAGAGGAGAUUGGACCUCUCCUCUCUAAAGCAGACAGACAACCCCAUGAUCCUGGAACUAAAGAACUUGGAUCUAACAAAGAGAACGAUGGUGCAUGAGGGUCCACUGUCAUGGAAAGUGAACAAGGACAAGACUAUUGAGUUGUACACACUCCUCCUGGAGGACAUCCUGGUUCUGCUACAGAAACAAGAUGAGCGUCUGAUCCUGAAGUGUCACAGCAAAAACCUGGCGGGCACUGCUGAUACCAAACAUAUCUUCAGCCCCAUCAUCAAACUGAACACUGUGCUGGUGCGCUCCGUGGCUACAGACAACAAGUCCUUCUUCGUUCUAUCCAUGUCAGACAACGGUGCCCAGAUCUAUGAGCUAAUGGCACCCACAGUCUCAGAUCAGAGAACGUGGCAGCGUCUAAUCACCCAGAGAGCUGAUGCCAUGAAAGUCAAGCCUCACAGCGUUAUCCCAUUACCUCAGACCGACGGUGAGAGAGACGGCGUGGAGAUAAUUACAGCAGGUGUUUCCAGGUUGAGUAGAGACCCAGACCGCACAUCCACCGGCAGCACCCAGUCCACAGAUAAAGAGAGUGGUCCAGCUUGUAGAAGUGCAUUGCAGACUUCUCUGCCUGGUAGUAAUCCGUUUGAGGGAGUGAAGGCAGAGGAGGAGGAGGAAGAAGGCUUUGUGGACCCGGAGCUUCCUUAUCAAGUGGCUGAGGAUGGCAGAGAAGGAGACUCGUUCAGCAUGUUUCCCUUGAGGGCAGACGAAGCACUGAAAACAUUGGCAGCAUUAAAGCAGGUGUUGGUGACCCAGCUGAUGUCCCAGGAGGCAGCAGAACAAACCAAACGCUCAACGGGGGCCCGUCUCCUCAGGACCACAUCUCUGCGAACGCCCAUAGACAGCCGUGCACGAGUGAUGGUCCACAACGGCUCAGAGAAAAACAGUUCCCAGACAGAGGACUUGGCUCAGGACCUGGGCUCUGGGGACACCGGCUUCUUUGAUUCACCUGAAGAUUAUGCAGGAUAUUUGGUCCUGGAGGGUUACGGUGGCCCAGGAGAGAGCAGCACAGAUGACGACAUCUUAGCGUCAACCACAGGGAAGCAGCUGAGAACCUCACAGGGCUGCGCUGCCGACUCUGGCAUCAAUUUGAGAUUUUCCUCAACAUCACAGGCUGGCAGCCUCUCCUCUUUCAGCAGACAGGUCCUGUCUCAUCUUAGAAAUCUUCAAGCCAACCUCAACUAUCUGAAGGAGGUUGAGGCUAAGUACAAUAAUCUAAUACACCAAAGGCCAGAGAGGUCAGCAGCAGACACAGAUGGAAACAAAGAUAAGAGAUAGUGGAAGUCUGUGCUUCAGCUUUUGGCUUUGGUCCCAAAGAGGAAGUACCGACUCGUAGUCUGUUCCUACUUCUUGUGUCCUGGACUUUCUGGACGUCCUAUAAGCUUGUCCUCUCACUGCUGAGCCCUCUAUUUUUUUCCCAUCGCCCACGGUCGCCACAGAGAAAGAGAGACUGAGUGUGAGCAAACGUUUGAAGGGAGGAGUCAUCUUUAUGAUGCUGUGCCCCCCCCUCCUCAGCACAAGGCAAUCAGGGAAGUGGGAUUGCCCCAGAACCUCACCCCCUCUACCAUUUAACACCCAUUUCCCCCUCGAACUCCCUGCAAGAAAGAGAACUUAUACCAAAAUGUACAAAGAUGUGUGUUUAGAAUAUAUAUAUAUGAAACACAAAACAAGAAAAGGAAAAUUUUAAGAUAAUGUAUUAAGAUUUUUUUUAUCCCAAGAUGUAUUUAUUUUCUUUCUUUCAUUUUUUUAAGUGUUUCCCACAUUGCUUGCAUGCUUUUGGCCAUGGUGUUACCUUUUUGGCUGCUUUAUCCUGCUUCAGUCACACAGGGUUAGUGUGAGCGCUGAGUUGCACGCUAGCAUACAAGCACCCUAGCGUACCUUGAUGAACGGCAGGACUAUAUUCAGACUGAUAGAAGCCAGAGUUGCGCUGGGGAUGGAUAGAUCCUGUUGUGUUAAAAAACUCUUGAUUUGUGUUCAAGUCUAGAAUUUCAGAUAAAUUCUAGGUGUGGUGUUAACUAGAAUGAAGAGUCCAUAGGCUCUGAUCUGGUCCUGUUGCAUUUCUGUGCUGACUCCUUCGUCCUCCUCCUCCUCGCUGUGAGGGGUCUUCGCCUCUCGUCUGCGCCUCUUCUCCUUUUGCGUGUGAUUCUCCUGCUUCUUUUCCCUGUUAACAUGUAUGGGUGUCAUCCCUCUCCUCUUCCUUAGGAGCCCAGUGGCUUUCAUGCUUAUUUAUCCCCUCCUACACUCUCUAUGUCUUGCUUCCUCAUCUGCCUCUGGGUUUCUCGCCCUCUUCCCACUCUUCUACGAGGAGCGGUCAUGCUCUUUCUGUGUCAGCUCCUGACAGAAAUGCUGCUUCUUCCUGCUACUGUUGGCGAUGCUGAUCUGACCGCCAGAUAUUCUAAUAAUGUCAUGAAGUUCAACAUAUACUGUACAAUGAUCAAGUUGGAAGGUUAUGCAUAACUUUACGAAAUAAAUGGUGCCAUGAUGCAUUCAAAAAGGAAA